AUGUCUGACAUUAAUGAGCUAGUAAAUCUUAUUGAAUUGCUUUAUUCACCUGAAAGGCCAGCCAAUUUCAAUGAUAUUCAAAAACAUUUACUUUCCAUCCAAAAAUCACCACAAGGUGCACACUUAGCAAAUCAAUUAUUGUCAUUUUCAAACAGUACCAAUGGCCCUACCUUAUCUUCAAAUGUUCAAUAUUUUGCUGCUUUGACAUUGACUGUUCAAAUUAAUCAUUAUUUUGUCAAUAACAGCAAUAAUACGGGUGAAGAAGAACAAGAGCGUGAAAAAUUUGGCUUGGUUAUAUUAAAAGAUAAUUUAAAUCAUUUAAUUACUUAUAUUUUAAACUAUUUAAACUCUCAACAGCAACAAACAACAAGUGAUAAUGGUUUACUUGUCAUUAAAAAAUUAAUGUCGAAUUUGGCUUUAAUCUUUAUGUAUAUUAAUGAAAAAAAACUUGUUUGGAAAAAUCCAAUUUUUACCUUAAUCUAUUUGUUACAACAAAAUUAUAACCCCAACAACGAUAGUAUUGAUAAUAACAAUGUUUUAUUUCAAAGUUUAAAUGUCGAUAUUUCAUAUGAAGAUUUAAUUAACUUUAUCAAGGUGGGGAAUGUAGCUGACAACAGCAACAACAAAUUGUUAUUAUUUUUUACGAGCAUUAUUGUUGAAGAGUUAGUCAAGUGUCAAUCUAGUAGAAGCUCAUUCAUAAAAUUGGCAAAUGUUUUUCAAGUUGUUCACGAUAGUUUGUACACUUGUACUUUUUCCAUAUUUGCUGAAAAUUUACGUUGUCUAUUAUAUAAUAAGGGAUCCAAAGAUCUUAACGCAUAUUUGACAGAUUUAUUAUUUCGUUGCAUUUCUAGUUGGUGUGAUUACGUUAUUACCAUCAGUGAGCAUGCUGGCAGCGAUGCUAGAAUUGAUUUAAAUAAUUUUUUUGAGAUUUUGAUCCAACUAUUGACAAACGAUACUGUUGACUUCCAAUACACCGCUGAAAUAAUUAAAAUUUUAAAGGAUAUUAUCACUACAAGCCCAUAUAUGCUUAAUUACGAAAUCCGUACCAAAUUAGAGGUUCUAUUAUUGCCAACAAAUAAUGCCGAUUCCUGGAUGUUGAAAUAUAUGAACCAUUGCGUUACUAAUGAAUUAUACGAGGGUCCAUUAAAAGACUUGUCUACCUUAUUAGUCACAUUAUUAUUGGUGUAUGUUAUUAGAACAUGCAACAGGCUAUUCACCAAUAUUCCGACGGACAAUAACAGCCAGAAUAAGAACGAACUAGAAGUUCAGGAAUAUAUUAAAGUUUUGUUACAACUGACUAAUUUCCCACUUAUUCCGGUGUUGCAGGAGUCUUUCAGUGUUGAAAUGGUUGAUUUUUGGACUGAUUUGGCAGAAAGUUAUCAAUCAUUACCAGUGGAUGUUUACAAAGAGGAAAACAUUGCUAUUGCCAAUGAUUUAUUUGGACAGGUUAUUUCUAUAUAUUUGCCCAAAUUGAGUCUCUUGAAUAAACAGAAAAUUUUGGAUUAUAUUGAUGGAGAUGAAAGCGAAAAACACUUGUUGUAUUCUUUCAACGACUUUAGAGAUGCAUCAAAAGAUUUAUGUGAUUCAUUGUGGAGCAUUUUGGGAAAUAAAAAUUUGACUAACGUUUUAAUUAAAACUGUUAUUGAUAGCGAAGAUUUGUUUGAAAUCGAAGUUUGUUGUAGUCUAUUAGUGAAAUUACUGAAAAGCAUGAAUUUAUCAAUGUCUCCCGAAAUUUGUAAUGAAUUAAACUCUUGCAAUGGGAAAUUCGUAACCAAUGUUUUAAAUUUAUUAACUACUGGUUUGACACAUCCCUCAUUACCUUUGGAUUUUGUCAGAACUGGCUCUGAUUUGUUACUGUCUAUAUACGGGUUUUUCAACACUGAUAUCGGUGCUGACAAGUUAGAUCAUGUUGUCCAAAGUUUAUUACAAUCCAUGAAUUAUGUUACCAAUAACAUCGAAAAUGAUACCACCAGCAACAUAGAAAUACUUAUUACACGUACAAUUACUACUUUGUGCGAAAACUGCAGAUUCCGAAUGCAUUCAUAUAUAUCCACAUUUGCCGAGAUUUUACAUUUGUUUUUAAAACCCAAUAGCAAACACAGUCCAUUUAUUUUGGAAAGUUUUUCUCGUGGGUACGGUGCAUUAGUCAGUAGUGUCGAUGUCAAGAAAUCUGAAAGUUUGCAAGCCAUUCAAGAAAGACAAUAUUUAUUUGUGAAUAAAUUUUUGGAUAUGGUGUAUGAAUGCUGCACUAAUGCAUUUAAUGACAACAGUAAUGCUGCUAUUAGUGGUAAUAAUGGUUCAGAAGCUUUUCGAGAUUAUUUGUUAACGUUAUUGAAAUGUAUCAAUGAAUUCAGUACCGGAUUUUUAUUCAAAGAGGAUGACAACGCGUUUUAUGGAUAUAAUACCAAUGGAACCAACACCAACACAACUGGGGGUGAUGAUUUUACAUAUGAUGCUGCAAACAAUUCUAUUAGCUUCAAUGACGAAGACGAUGAUAGAGAGACUAAUGCUGUUUUGGAUUUAACUGCCACAUAUGUGAUUCCUUUGACCAAAUUUUGGAUUGAAAACAGCAAGCCAAUUUCUGGAAAAGUCUUAGCUCUAAUGAAUUGUAUAUUUACCAAUUACCCGAGAUCUAAUAAGGAUAGCGAGUUUAUUGAAGUAUCGUGCUUAAUUAUGGGUAAGAACUUUUCCGCCACCACCGCUGUUGGCGGUGAUAAGGGAAUUGAAGACCGCAACGUUUUCCCCUUCAAAUUUGAGAUUGAUGAGGCAAUGCAGUUUAUCGAAACACGUAUUGCACAGUGUGAAAUGUCUACAUGUUUUGCUUACAUUGAGUAUUUGAUUGAAGUGAUAACAAGAUUUUUAAUUUACAAUAAAAAUUUAGAUGUUCAGAAAUUUGAUUUUAUUUUGGAAAAUUUCUUUUACAGAUAUUAUCAACAAUAUAUCGUAAAUGAUCCUGACCUAAUCCAGCAUACGUGUGCAUAUAUAAACAGUGUUUUAGAAUUAAUCCCAGAUGUUGUUUUACACUCUAAAGUGAUGCAAACUAGCUUUUUUCAAAAUUUCAUGGAAUUAUUGGGCCAAUUAAGAGAAACAUUUAGUAUUAAAUGCAUCACGAAAUUUUGGGUUAAAAUUUUAAACAACAGGAAAUAUAAUCAAGAGGAUUCAAAGUAUGUUCAGAAUCUAAUGACCGAUGGCGGCUUGGGUAUUAAUUUGACGCAGAAAACCUUAUGUGGUAUAUUACUAUGUAAAAGAAGCGAUUUAAAUUUAUAUUGUGAUUUACUAAGAACCAUAAUUGCUAAGUAUCCUUUACAGAGUAAGAAAUGGCUAAUUCAUGAAUUGAGUAACGAUGAACAAGUAUUGCAACUGAUACCCACAACAACUAUUAGCGAUACCAAACAUUCGACUUUCAUUGAGAAAUUAAUGCUAAGCCACAAUUCCAGAAAUACUUUGAAUGCAGUUACUGAAUGGUGGGUAGCGUGUACUGGAUUACCAACGUAUUAG